AUUACUAAUCUUAGGGUUUUCUCUUUCCCUCGCUCUGAAAAUCAGAAGAGAAGCAGCAGCCGCUCCCCUUGAUACUUAUCAAGCUAAAUUUAGUGUUUGAUUGUUUUCUGAGAUGGAUUCCCAAAUCAAGUUUGCUGUGGUGGUGAAAAUUAUGGGAAGAACAGGGUCCAGAGGUCAGGUGACUCAAGUGAGAGUCAAGUUUUUGGAUGAUCAGAACCGUUUCAUUAUGAGGAAUGUUAAGGGACCGGUCAGGGAGGGAGAUAUUCUCACCUUGCUCGAGUCCGAGAGGGAAGCCAGGAGACUUCGUUGAACAGAUGCCUCUGUUUUGUUGCAAGUAGCUAGCUAUUAUGUUCUUAAUUUUGUCAUUUCUGAAAGGUAUCCAAAAUUUCUAAUCAAGACUUGAUUUUGUGGAGACUGCGGUUGUUUCUAAAGCUUAGAAGUGAACUAAGUUGGUUGAGGUUAUGAUAUUUAUCUA